CUAAUGUUUUGUUUUAUGGCGUUUUUAGUAACAAGGAUCAGGAUUCAGAGACUAUCUAUACCAGCAAGCAAGAUCUAUGUCACAAAUUGUAUCGGUUCAGUCGAUGUGCCAACCCAAGCGAAGACAUGUGAGGAAAUGUUGAUAACGCUUAUUGACUUAUUUUGGUUAUUGAGG